GGGUAAUGAAAUUUUUUCGCAUCAACCCAACAUAUUUACUUUGAAAAAUGACUCGUCACCGGCAAGGAGGGGUCAAAGUGGGUGAAGAUUUUCGAAUAGCAGUUCAUCUUGCAAUAAAGAAUUUCAGGCAUAACGAAGAACAAAAAGAAUAUGAAUUUCCAUCAUCAUUUACUUCAACUGAAAGAGCCUAUUUACAUCGUUAUACCCAAAACCUUGGAUUGAAGUCUAAAAGCAGAGGAGAGGGAGCUAAUCGGUUUCUCACUGUCUACAAAAAAGAAGGUUCAACAAUUGUUCAAGCUGAUGCUGUGUUUGAAUUGGGUCCAACCUCACAAAGACAAACAUUUAAUCUGUUACAAAGAUUUCCGGUGACUGCAAGAGAAAGGCAAGAACUUUUGCCGCCAACCGAAAGAGAUCGUAUUUUAGGCCAGGACAGUAAGUUUUCAGCCUUGUCUUUAGUUAAAAAUACCCUUCGGGAUGUCAAUCGUUCAAUGGGUCGUCUUAGCAGUGGAAUUCCAAUGGUUCCUCCAAGAAGAUGCGAAAACGAAUAUACUCACUUUCGUCAAACCUUACCCAUCUGGAACAAGCGGGAGGAAAUUAUUCAAAUGAUUUCUUGUCAUCAAGUUAUUUUGGUGUCCGGUGAAACAGGCAGCGGAAAAACCACACAGGUGCCACAGUUUAUAUUAGAGCACUGUAGCAACAUUGGUCAGCCUUGUCGUAUUAUUUGUACUCAGCCUAGGAGGAUAGCAGCUGUGACUGUUGCUGAAAGAGUUUCUCUCGAAUGUGAUGAAAAAAUCGGCCAGAGUGUUGGAUAUCAAAUACGUCUUGAAAGCAGGGUAUCCUCAAAAACUUUACUUACAUUCUGUACCCAUGGUGUACUUUUGAGAACUCUCAUGGGAGGAGAUGCUUCAGUAGCUACUGUGACUCAUAUUCUCGUUGAUGAACUGCACGAAAGAGACCGUUACAGUGAUUUCUUGCUUGUAGUUCUUAGAGAUUUGCUGCUGAAAUUCAGAAAUCUGAAAUUAGUUCUGAUGUCUGCAUCAUUAGACACACAACUGUUUUGUAAAUACUUCAGCAACUGUCCUCUUAUUGAAGUUCCUGGCAGAGUUUUUGAUGUGAAAACCUUUUUUCUUGAAGAUGUACUAAAAGGAACAGGGUAUUCCAAUAAAGCUAUGCUGAAGUAUAAAAGAGAUUUUGAGAAACAGAAGUCAGCAAAAAAACUGGAUUCUUGGUGUUCUGUUCAAAGUUCUAAUUUUUCUAGCAGUCUAGAAAUGCAGCCUUCCGUUCAAGACCUAACCAAUUACUUUUCAGAUAUGGGUCUUAAAAGUUUGGAUGUUAACUUAUAUCCAGCUCCACAUCUGGUUGCUGCAAUGGAUGCUGCAAUUGAGGAAGCUUGGAUGUCUGGGAACAAGGAUUUCACUGCUUUGAUGCAAUUAGUUUUAUCUGAAAAUAUAUGUGUUGAUUUCCAGCACAGUGAAACAAAUGCCAGUCCUUUAAUGCUUGCUGCUGGAAGGGGAAACAUGGAUGUUGUAGAACAGCUACUUGCACUUGGCGCAAGUAUUCACUUAAAAUCAUCAAAUGGCUGGACAGCCAUUGAUUGGGCUAACCAGUUUGGUCAUAAAGAAAUUGUAGAAUUGCUAUCUGGUCAAAGUUCCCAAUGUAAAUCAUCUGAAAAUGAUGGUAAUUCAUUUGAAAAUCAGUUGGAAAUUAGUGAGGAAGAUAAGAUAUUAUUAGAUUCAUACACUCAUAGUGUUGAUGAAGAUAAAAUAGAUCACGAAUUGGUCUUGUGCUUAUUGGAAAGAAUUUGUGGAAGUCAAGAAGAAGGAUCUGUGUUGAUAUUUCUCCCAGGAUAUGAUGACAUUGUUACUCUUAGAGAUGGAAUUCUGAAUGAUACUCGAAAUAUUCCCGAAAGCCGAGCAAUGAUAUUUACACUACACUCGCAAAUGCAAAGUUCGGAUCAAAAGAGAGUUUUCAGGCCUGUACCUCCUGGCAUGAGAAAAAUUAUAUUAGCCACAAAUAUUGCUGAAACUAGUAUCACUAUUAAUGAUGUGGUGUUUGUUAUUGACUGUGGAAAGGUCAAGGAGAGAACUUACGAUGCUUUAACGGGUGUCACACAGUUAAAAGCAGGCUGGAUAUCCAAAGCAAGUGCUGUUCAAAGGCGUGGUCGAGCAGGCCGCUGCAGGCCCGGACUAUGUUAUCAUCUAUACAGUAGGGCUCGCUUUAACAGUUUUCAGAAAUUCCAAGUUCCGGAAAUUUUACGCGUCCCCAUACAUGAGUUAUGCCUUCAAGCCAAACUAUUGGCACCACCCAAUGCUCCCAUUGCUGACUUUUUAGCAAAAGCUCCUGAUCCACCUCCAUUCAUGGUGACACGUAAUGCUGUAACUUUGUUGAAGACCAUCGACGCAUUAGAUCCUUGGGAAGAGCUUACUGAACUAGGACUUCAUCUUCUUGAUUUACCCAUUGAACCUCGUCUCGGAAAAAUGGUGCUGUAUUCUGUGGUACUAAAAUGUUUGGAUCCAGUUUUGACGAUUGUUUGUUGCUUAGCAUAUCGUGAUCCAUUUAUGAUACCAUCCCAACCAUCCCAGAAAAGAGCUGCCGCAAUUGCUAGAAGAAAAUUCGCUUGUGAUACUUACAGUGAUCAUAUGGUUUUAUUGCGAGCUUUUCAGGCAUGGCAGAAAGCUAAAGCAGAAGGCCAUGAACAUGGAUUUUGUAGCAGAAAUUUCAUCUCUUCAGCUUCAAUGGAGAUGAUUGUUGGAAUGCGAUCUCAGCUUUUAGGCCAGUUGAGAGCUUCAGGUUUCGUAAGAUCCAGAGGAUCAGGCGAUAUAAGAGACUUAAACAGCAACUCUGAAAUUUGGGCCGUCGUGAAAGCUGCACUGUGUGCUGGCACGCACCCGAAUUUGAUAAGAGUGGAUAGAGAUCGUCAACAGUUGAUUACACAAAAAGAAAGCAAGGUAAAGUUUCACCAUUCUUCAAUUUUGAAUAAAUUGUCAGUACCUGCAAAGCAGCAUGUGACUGCGCUGAUGAAACAAAUGAUCAAUGAGUUGCCAUGUGAUUGGCUUCUUUAUGAAGAAAUGAUGAGGACUGGAAGCAUAGCACAUGCCCACUGUUGCUCUCUUAUCACCCCUUUGACUGUGGCUUUGUUUGCAGGCCCAGCACGCUUGCCUCUCGAUGCACUCCAUGAACCAGAUCAAGCUCGGUUAGAAGGUUACAUGGAAGAAGAAGAUAGUGAAGAUGAUACUAAAUAUGAUAACCAGAAAGCAAUGUUUAAGAUUGAUGACUGGAUAUCUUUUAGAGUAGAGCCUGAGAUUGCUCGCUUAGUACUUCAGCUUCGUCAGAAAUGGCAUGCAUUAUUUUUGAAACGCAUGCACACACCUUCUAAGUUAUUGAACCAAUCAGAUGAAGCAGUCAUACGCACAAUUGUUGGAGUGUUGGCAUCGGAAGACCAGGCACUCAAUCUCCAGAAUCCUCCAGGUAUUGGUCAAAGACCAAGACCUCUAAUGGUUGAUUACUGUCCACCUGCUCAUUUAGGGAGGCAAAUGCAGUCUAGUCCAAACCAUAAGGCUGCUAAUUUUUAUAGUCAAAAUAAUCCUCAUAAUGUACAAGGUAUGUUGUCUUUUCAAGAUGAGCCACCGAGCUUACCAAACUGUUCAUUGCCAUCAAAUUAUGGUGAUAAUUACGGUAGAUGUAGCCCUCACUCACGUGCAAUGGCACAAUCUUACAGCAGCCACCAACAGCAAAUGCCCAAACCAAGCUGCAGUGCUCAAAGCAUGAACAGCAGGUUUAGAUACUUUAUUAUAAAAGCCAGUGCUUCCAGGGUUGUUGAAGUCUCAAUGGCAAAAAAUAUUUGGGCAUUUACUCCAACAACUGAAAGAAAACUUAUUGGUGCAGUAAAGGAAGGAAAAGAAGUAAUUCUCAUAUUCUCCAUACAAGGAAGUGGACAUUUCCAAGGCUUUGCUCAAUUCACUCAGAUUAUAUCAGAUCAGCGUCCUUCUGAAUUCAGUGUUGCAAAUCUUGGCCCUUGUUACCAGAUAAAAUGGGUGAAAAAGGCAAGCAUUCCUUUUCAAAGUACGCGGCACUUGCAGAAUGCCUGGAAUGACAAUCGAAAAGUUCAGAUCUCUAGAGAUGGCCAGGAACUAGAGCCCUCUGUUGGUAAAUCACUUUGUGAACUCAUAUUUAAAGGGCAACCUGCUUUUAAUUCUGACUGCGCCAAAACUAACCGCAGGCAUGUUGGAUACUGUCGAGAAAAUUUCCCAACCGAUCCCGGCCCAAUGCCAAGGAACCAAGCUCAGUGGGAACCCCAACAUCACAUGCCAUCCCAUUGUGGCUCCAAAAGACGAAAUAAGCUUAAGAAAAAUGCAUGAAAAUGAAUCAUUCGC